AUGGAUUUCAGCAAUAUGAACAACAACUGUGGCGGCGGCAUGUACGCAGAGUGGAGCUCGCUGCCACUGGAGGGAGGAGGGCGGGGGGUGUUAGGGGCAGUCGGUGGGCGGGAUGUAGUGUUGGCUGUGGUUCGACAACUUGCAUCCCAUGAACCUAGCCCACUUAAUACUGAUGCUGAGGUGGAAUGGGUAUUAGAAGUUAUUCGCUUUGGUCUGUCUCUACCUCUUCAUGAACAUGAAGCCUUACGUGAUUGUGUUCGAGUAUGUUGUUCUUGGCUUUCGCCUCUGCUACCCCCCGCGCCGCCCGCGCAGCCUCCGCCGCCUGCUGUACCGCCUCCAGUGGCAGCGGCUCCAGCUAGAUAUGCUAGAAAGAUACUGAAACAUCUCCAUAAUCUUUUUGUGCCAAGACCAAACGAGACACUCACAUUCGUUUACCAAUUGGAAUUAGGUGGGGACCUAAUCAGCAAGCAAGCGGUCCUCUGUCACCGUGUCUUACGUCUCGCUCGCAAUCUUGCCGGCAAUGCGAACCUUGGAGCUAGCGAAUGGCGGUCAUUAUUGCUGUUGUUACUCUCAGCAGCUUCAGCAUUGCUGUCUCCACCUGCGCCUCAUCAUUCUGCCGCUGAACAGUUGUGUGAACGGGUGCUCUGUGUACUGUUUGAAGUUUGGAUACUUGCAUGUCACCGUUGUUUUCCAUCUCCACCUCUUUGGCGUACAUUGCGUGAGCAAUGCAUAAAAUGGCGCCACCGUGCCCCUCUGACCGAACAAUGGACUCGUGCCUCGCUGUGCCUCACCGCGAGACUAUUGAAACACAUGUACGGACCUUUGUUCCCCGCUAUGCCAAUCAGCGACGAAGACUCGAACUUAAUACCAGCAGACAUGAGCGCAGAAGCCGUGAUGCAGAGCUGGUAUCGCGUCUUGCAUACGAUCGGAAACCCAGUCGAUCUGUGUCGCCCUCACGUCAUUAGUCAGACUCCUGAUUUCUUACAGUACUCAAUAACUCAAGAAGACGGUGCUCGCGAUCCGAGCCAGCACCCAUGCUUGCAAGCCCUGCCUUCCAUAUUCCACAAAGCUAUGAAGGGUAUUGCCGCUCACGUCGACGCGUUUCUAGGGCGCGGCAUUGAAUGGUGGGUGCAAGGCUUUAGCGCGAGCAGCGCAGUACUAGAGCCGCCACAAGAGGAAGGAGACCUCACCCCGCCAGCACACCGACGCCUUGCCAAGUCCUUCAGCGUGUCAACUUCCAAGCCGCGGGAUAAGCAACCUGAUAAAAGUACACCACGUACGUCUCUCAUUGGUCUAACGAGUAGGCCGUCAAGUGUGGCUCCAACUACGCCGCCUAACUCCAUUACUUCUCAAGUGGGCGAAGCUGAGAAACCACCAUUAACACCGUUACGCCCCAAAGUGAACUCGAUCUUCCAUCUGUUCGGAGAGUGGUUGUUCGAGGCUGCGCUUAUCGGAACCACGCCUGUUUAUAAUAAUAACCAACAACGUGCAGAUGGCACUCCACCACCACCGUCGCUUUCUGAUGCUACGUUUAAGUUGAACAUGCUAAGCUAUCAACCAGGUCGGGCGGAAGCACUAGGCACACUCUGCAGAGUAUUGUGCUCAAAGCAAUGUCGGGAGGAAGUACUAGCUCCAUACUUAGCUCGAUGCUACGCGGCCAUACAUCGCGGGCUACGAGACCCGGCCACUGCCGGCGCUGUCGUAUUAAAUGCUGCUGACAUUUUCAGGCUAGAUCUAGACGGCGUAUUAGUUCUAGUACCAGAUUUCAUAACGGCCCUGGAUCGUAUUCUAUCAGAAAGGGAGCCAAAACUAGAAUGCGGGUCCAUAGACAAACGAGAACUUCGUAAAGCCGCCAUUAGCGCUCUAUUAUCCUUGGUCGCGUUCCCUCAUCAUUAUAAAGAAUUGCCUGUUCCUGAAUUCCCUGGAUGUAAUGAAUAUGCGGGCAUGACCCUCGGUGACUUUGCAAGAGGUAAAAUAUCCCUUAUAUGCGUGUCAGCAGUACAAGUGGAAUGUUCCGAUGCGUUGGCCGUGCCGCUACUGAGUGCCUUAUACUUGUGUGUGAGACAUAACGCUCACGUGAAUCAUGGGAAAGCUAUGAGCGCUCCACCUGGAUCUACUAUGUCACAUAGUACAGAUUAUAAAGCACGAUCGGAUAGCGGCAGCGCCACGGGCAGCGUGGACCAAUCGUCGCUAGAGGAUUUUGCCGCCGACGUUAGGGAGCUAGACCCUUCAUCGCCUAUUUUCGGUGCAGCGUUAGUAGUACGAGCCACGUAUCUCGUGUGCCACCGGCUUAUAUCAUCGUGGAAAGGCGAUCUCCAAGUAUCACUGGCGGCCUUAGAACUACUUUCUGGACUUGCCAAACUACAUUCCGCUAAACCCGAGUUCGUUAUCGAGGCGAUAGAACGUAAACGCGCGGUCCGUUGGAUAUGUGAUUACAUCACGGUGCAAUGCAGUCGACCACCGCAAGCGCACUCCCGCGACCUCCACUCCUGUGUAGUGGCCGCAUACUCCUGCUUGGCGUCGUGGCUUUGCCCGGCGUUACUGGCCGACCCAGAUUGUUUGGCCACCCUUAUGGAAGUCGUUGAAUUGGGGAUAUCUGGCAGUAAGAGUCUAGGCAAACCCGGAGAACCGCAAAAAAUGAAGGAUGAAAAAGAAUUAAAACCUGUUUCCAUGCGAGUUCGCGAUGCAGCUGAAUCUCUGCUCAUGCUCAUAUUGGAACAAGUUGGUAACAGUUCCAACGGCUCGGCGUGGUGUCGGCUUGACGAACGAUGGCUGUCAGCAUUGGGCCACGGCAGACUGAGACACUUCAUUGCCGAUGGAAAUAUCCUGCUAUCUCUCCUUGAGGAGCCACUGGCCAAUAGUCAGGAGCCACAACCCACGCUUAUCGUGAUAAUCCGCUGCGGGUGGGGCCGAUACGCGUGGUCGCUGAGCAGCCGCGGCGCAGCGCGCUGCGCGACUCGCGGCAACGGCGCAGCCUGCGCAAGGCCCAUCGAUAUGCUCGAACCACCUCCCAAAGUCACGCCGCAGUGUUUGCCGCUGCCUAAUCCGCCACCUUGCGCUGUAGAUUCUGCGUUCCCAGGCCUGGAAGCAGUUUUACGACAACUAAACGAUCCCGAAGCGCCAACUCUCUUCAAACUGUUAGAACAACAAGCUGCGAUAGAGAAACGCGUGAGAGAAAGUGAAAACCAUAUUGUGCCUGAAGAAUAUAUGCCUCCGGAACCCGUCACUGAGUUCCAGACUGCAAGAUUGUUUUUGUCGCAUUUCGGCUAUUUGAAUAUCGGAGGAGACAAAAAGGGCGGCCCGCCACGCCUCGUGGCGCUGGACGACGCCCAGCCCGGGUUUGCGGCGGCGCUUCGGCGCGUGGACGCGUGCGGCAGCCGCACGGCCGUCACCGCGCACGUGUUCUGCGCACGCGCAGGACAGACCAGCGCGGCGGACAUCGUCGCCAACGCGCACAGCUGCGACACUGUAUCGCCCGGCUUUAUACGCAUGUUGAGAGGGCUAGGUGCGCCAGUCCGCGUUCGCAGUCACCCCGGAUGGACGGGACACGUGGACACGAGCUACGAUGCCCAUCCGGAUUGUGGCCAUGCCAUCGCCCCGCCACCAGUGAGCGGUGAAAAAGCACCCGCUUUAUAUGAUGGGAGGGAUCAGGUACUAUAUUGGUCAGAUUCUACAAACGAGAUAGCCUUCGUAGUACCUUCAGGGUUCGAAACAUCAGAAACGGAGGAUCGACAGAACGAUAGCAUCAAAUCCGACGUGGACGGAUCUUGUGUAUCCACUAGGGGAUCAGAAAAAGCAGCAGGCUCAUGCUGGGACGUAUCCAGCAAUAGCUCUGGGACGACGUCUUACGAACGCAGCAUCAGUGAGUCUGACAAAGGUGACCGCGGACGGUCCAGCCUCAAUGAAAAAGUUCGCGCUUUAUCGCUUGAACUCGACAAGCAUUCUACUGCAGGACUUACAGGCAGUGGCAGGCGCAACAGAGAUUUUACUACAAAAAUCAUGAUCAUCUGGCUUGAAGAUUUUGAAGAUCAUCUUAAUUUACCUGUCGAUGACUUAUUAGGCUACUGCGAAACCGGCUUACCUUGGCGACGUCACGAGGUGACCAUCCUAUGCGUAAGCGCACGCCGCAGCGGUCUGUUGCGCCUACACAUAGCGCCAUCUAGCGUCGCGGGAGUUUUGGCCGAUGGAGCACAGAUCUCUCCACUAUUACUGCCCGCCUGUCUACGCCGCGCUGCUUUGGACAUCGCAAGGCGCGGUCGACUCAACACCGACUUGUACCAACCCCCGCACGUAAGGAGACGUCAUCUUAUCCAAGAACUAGCACAGCAAUACAAAAGAGAUUUGUCAGAACCGGAACUCUUGGAAUCUUUAUUUCGGACACCAUCUUAAACAACAACAUGUUGCCUAGAUACAUCUUCUACACUUUGUAAUACAUAUUAGUGUCGUUAAAUACAGUGUGUGAAGCACGCUCCUCGGCCUUAACAUUGUCCACUUUAUGACUCACAUUUUAAAUGGCGAGUCGCCCAACACUCGAUUUGCCGAACAGAUCUAAGUAAAUUUGUUCCUAUAAAAUGUACGAGCUUACAGUGGGGGCGAACUCUGCAUCUGUAUUUCUUGCCUUCAUAGUUAGCUAUUACCUUCCAAGGAUUGAAAUAAAGCUUGUAAUGGGGCAAUAUCGAAAUGUUGAAUAUUUUGACCCCCAAAUUACAUAAACCAAGUUUAACCAUAUCGAAGCAAGAUUUCUACGGCUGAUUUUAAAUCCGCCGCCUCUUUUUCAGUUACAUAUCAACAGAUCCCAAGUGGACUACUGAUGGAAUUUGAAUUCCCUAAACUUUUACUUGUACUUACUUGUAAACUCAGACCGAACCAAAACCGGAUAUACACAAUCGUAUGUACUGUCAACAGCACAUCAAGCUAUACACUUUUGUUCGAAUAUCGCCUCCAGGGCAACGGAACAAGAUCCAUCAAUGUGUAAUGUGUAACUUGAUGUGCUGCCUUCUGUAAGUUUCGCAUCGCCUGCAAACGAGUCACAUAAGCGGGUACACAUUCGCAUUUAUUAUAUUCAACGUCAAUUUGUAACACAGGACGACGACCGCCUUGUGGCUAAGUCUUUUUUUUACUGACGCUAGAAAACCGUAAAGGACGCAAACCCGGUAGGGACGAGGUGAACAACGAAUCGGUUUUGUUCACAUUAGAGUUUUAAGUUUAUUGUACUAGCUCAAAGCUUACUUAUUAAUCAUAAGAAAUGUUUAUUUUGUUAGCAGAAGAUAUUAAUAAGAUUGACACAAUAAUAUAAAUUACAUUAAAGUAUUAUUUGAAAUGUUAAAUUAAAUUAUAUUUUUUAACAAUAAGACUGUUGUAGAUUAAUAACGAUUUAACUUUUAUAUAUAAUGUUGACAUUGCGGUCACGGGCCUAUUUUCAUACAAGUUUUUUUCAUGAAUUCAUUCUUUUGUUACUAUCUUGGUCAUCUGGCGAAUGAAUUAAUAGGAUUUAUCAGACCACAUAUUUAAUAAAAAUUGUAACGUUUAUAGGCUUCAUCCAAAAAAUUUUUGUGCAAAUCAAGCUCGUGACAUACCUUUACUCUAC